GCUGAUAGUGGCCGUGCGACACCUGGGCAGCCCAGCGAGCGCGCGAACUGGGCAGGGCAGCCUUCGCCUCGCCGGGGUAGAAGAGGUCACAGCGCCUAGCCAGGAGGAAGGUGAUGCCCAGGUGCUGCUGCCUCUCAUCAAGUUGACCACAAGGGCAGAGGGAGAAUACAUGGGAUCUAAGACUGGUCCAGAAAAGGAGUGUGAGUGGGAAUGCCACUGUAGGAACAAGUGACCUGAUUGAGAAGGAAUGCAGCGUCCUUCUGAGAGCUUUUUCUCCACAUCUUCCGUUGGACUACUACUUCCUUACAGGAAAAGGGUGCUUUGGAUUUUGCUGUCAGCCACCCAAAGCUUGCGCUGAGCCAAAACAAGACUCUUGCUGGAGAACUAAACAAGAUAUUUCAUUUUGUUUUUGUACCUUUUAAUCAUCCUGUCUGCCGUAUUAGUUGCUAAACUUUGAGAAUUUUAAACCAGAUUCGUUACUCUUUUGUGACACUUUUCAAAAUGAUCGACUUAAGCUUCUUGACGGAGGAGGAACAAGAGGCCAUCAUGAAGGUUCUGCAGCGGGAUGCUGCCCUGAAGAGAGCGGAAGAAGAGAGAGUCAGACAUUUGCCUGAAAAAGUUAAGGAUGACCAACAGCUGAAGAAUAUGAGUGGUCAAUGGUUUUAUGAAGCCAAGGCAAAAAGGCACAGAGACAAAAUCCACGGUGCAGAUAUUAUCAGAGCAUCCAUGAGAAAGAAGAGGCUCCAGGUAGCAGCUGAGCAGAGUAAGGACAGAGCAAAAGGGGCAAAGGAAAGCUGGGUGAAUAAUGUCAACAAAGAUGCUUUCCUUCCCCCAGAGCUAGCUGGUGUUAUAGAAGAGCCAGAAGAAGAUGCAGCACCAGCAAGUCCAAGUUCCAGUGUGGUAAAUCCAGCUUCCACUGUGAUUGAUAUGUCCCAGGAACACACAAGGAAGUCAGCUGCAUCUCCAGCUAAGCAGAGGAAGAAUCCAUUUAAUAGCUCCAAGUUGCCAGAAGAUCACUUAUCUCAACAAACCAAAAAUGAACAGUCAAAAAAUGGAAGUGCUGGUUUAUUUCAGACCUCAAAAGAGGGUGAAUUGUCAGAAUCAAAAGAAAAGUCACCUAUCCUGGAUAUUUCAAGCCAAAUAUUAGAGAAACCAAAGCCCACUUUUCCAGGCCCUCUGAAUGGUUCCCAGACCAAGGCUCCGAUCCCCAAAGCAAGGAAAAUGAUCUAUAAAUCAAACGAUUUAAAGCAAGAUGAUAACCAAUCUUUUCCUAGACAAAGGACAGACUCUCUGAAUGCAAAAGGGGCUCCGAGAGGGAUCCUGAAGCGCAACUCCAGUUCCAGUAGCACAGACUCAGAAACUGUGCGUUUUAAUCAGAAUCUUGAACCCAAAAGCAAAAUUGUGUCACCAGGUCUAACCAUCCAUGAGAGAAUCUCAGAGAAGGAGCAUUCUUUAGGAGAUGACUCCUCCCCAAACACACUGGAGCCAUUAAAGCACGUGAGGUUCUCUGCAGUGAAGGAUGAACUUCCACAGAGUCCUGGGCUAAUCCACGGCCGAGAAGUGGGAGAAUUUAGUGUUUUAGAAUGUGACAGAUUGAAGAAUGCAACAGAAGACACAGGGGACGCAGAUGGGCUUCGGAAUGAGCCUGAGCCUUCCCGAUACAGAAAGCCUUUGCCAUUUUAUCAGCCAGCCUCAAGCCCUAGUGCAUCAAAGAAUGAAACACAGCUGCCAACAACUUCUGUUUGUCUUCCAAUCAAUGGGCCCUCUUCUCACUCAGAAGUUUUAACUGAGAGACCACAGUCCUUUGAGAAUUCGCCCACCAUCAAUGAAUAUAAAGCUAAAUCAUCAGAAUUACCAAGGCUGAAGUCAGAGUUGUCCAAAAGCCCUGCUGAUGAGCUGUCUCAUUGUGUUGAGCCUGAGCAAUCUCAGGUGCCAGAUCGCAGUUCUAGAGACCAUCAGCAAGGUAAGCCUCCUUUUCUCACUGCCCUGAAAGCUAAGGCUUCCUCACGCUCUGGUCCAUAUGCCAAUGAGAUAAUGAAGACAACUGAUGAUUCCAUAUCUAAAGUCCUAGACUGGUUUAAUCGAAGUUCUCAUUCAGAUGACAAUAGUUCAUCUCUCAGACAUUCCGAAGGAAUAGAGCCCAAAGUAAAAACAGACUUAAAAUCACAAACUGCUGUUGCUUUGGUGACAGAUGACACAAGUCUUAAAGAAAAUGGCUCAAAGGCCCUAUCUUCCACCCAAGUUGAAAUGAAGCCUGUGGGAUCUGAUUCAACAUCCCAGGUAGAGGGAGAUCUGCUACCUGCUAGAAAUUACCAAGAUGAUGAUGUGAAUAUCAAUUUGUCCCAACAAGGCACCCCAAAGGAAAGCCUAGGCAUAUUGCAGCCAUUUGAAAGCUAUGGUACAAGUCAAGGAAGUAAAAAUAUGGACUAUAGCCUAAGUUCAAAAAGUACAGGCGAAGGAACUAGGAUAUCUACUCCAACCAGCAACUAUUCAUACAGUGCGCUCAAAGGAUCCAGCAUAGAAGACCAAGUUCCAUGCAACAUUAAGGAUGUUGGCAUCUUGAAUGAAGAAGAGCCCAAGCUUUAUGUCUGUGAAAAAAAUAGAGGAAACUCAAAAGUGAAUUUUAACUCUUCAGCAAUUGUCAAACAACCAAGUCUGAAAGACAACAUGAAAGCAGAGAGAAAGAGCAAAGAAGGAAAUAACAACAUUCUGAAAGCUUCCUUAGAGACAGAGAAUAUCAAGUUGCCACCUGGGACUGCCAACAGUGACUAUCCUUGGAAGAAGCCUGAGGUUGAACUACAAGAAGCUAAUAAGCUUCCCAAGAACCAAGUACAAAGAGAGAAAUACAAAAGAGUGAGUGACAGAAUAUCCUUUUGGGAAAGAGAAAAAGCUACUGCCAAGUCAGUUUACAGAGAACCCUCAUCUUCAUGCAGCCAGGGACAAUCUUCUGCUAAAGCCUGUCAGCUUGGGAAGUUACUAGGUGCGUCCACUAACAAUUUAUCUACAAGCCAGACUGAAUAUAAUCAAGUCACUGCCAAACAAGUGGUCCUAGAUGAGGAUGGUCAAGCAUCCCAUCUUUCCAGUUUUUAUUCCUCAAAUAAACCUAAAGAGACCAGGUCACCAAAAUCAGGAGCAUCCAACAUAAAUGAGCCUAUAAAAAAAUUGCCAGUGGCAGACAGUUUGCAGUCUGGAAGGGAGAUUCCUUUACUGGCUUCACAACAUUCCUUAAAUGAUAGCAAUGAAAUACAUACUCCUUUGGAGAAUGGUAGUUUUCUCAUUGGUGAAUCAAAACCCAACUUUAAAGUUUUGUCCCUAAAAGAAAGCAUGGAUGAAACCAACACAGAACAAGCCUAUAAUCACUCUCAAUUUGAAAAUUUGAGAAAGUUUUGGGACUUGGGAGCUAAUUCAAGCAGUGAGUCUAAUGUUGAGAAGAAAAGUACCACAGCAAGCCAUAAAAAUUCUAUGCCGUUUAAUAGCCAGAAACACAAGGAAUCCAAUGGCAUUAAAUCAUCUGGGGAAAAUACCCAUGAAGUAGAGGGACUUCUAAGCUGUAAAAAAGUUACGGGAAGAGAGGAAAUGAAGACAUUAAAUUCAAAGUGCAUACCCCAGGUGCCACCAGCUGAAACCACACGUCUAUGGAGACCACCCGGAACAUCCAUUCAUCAGUUGCCAGGAAGUGAGUCAUCAGAGGGAAACGUGGAAAAGAAUACAGAAUGGUUUGUUACUCCAGUAAUCAAGAAAGAAAAAGGUGACUCAGACCAAGAGAUCGAAGAGCCCAUAGUGAAAACCAGUGUUUUGUCUAAAGAUUACAAAGACACUUUUAAUGACAGCCUACAGAAGCUGCUUGCAGAAGCUUCGUCACCAGCAAUCCAGACUUCUGGUGGAAAAGUUCAUGUAAAACAAGAGCUUGAACCAGGUUUUUCUGAAAAUGGAACACGGCCUCAAGAGAUAGAUUUGGCCGAUGCUGAGGAAGAAGCCAAACAACCUAAAGAGAUCAUUAGUGAGCACGUAGAUAAAACAGUAGUUCCUCCAAAGGUUGAACAUAACACUUUCAUUGCUAGUCUAGACAAACUCCUGAAGGAAGCAUCUGAAAUUCCACUCUCUCCCUUGCAAACCAAGCUGGAACCUGAUACCACCGGAACCAGCUCUAUGCCUGAGGAGAGUAGGUUUUUUGAAAAAGACGAGAGAAAGAUAAUAGCACCUUUCCCAGAGGAGGAAGAGUCUUCGGGAAAAGCAGUUGUCCCUCAGAAAGUUCAAAGCGGUUCAGAAGAAGAACCCAGUCCUGUUUUGAAAACUAUGGAAAGGAGUGAUGCUAGGAAAAUGCCUUCCAAAAGUCUAGAAGACAUUUCAUCAGAUUCAUCAAAUCAAGCAAAAGUAGAUAAUCUGCCAGAAGAAUUAGUACGUAGUGCUGAAGAUGAUCAAAAAGCAGAUCAGGAACCAGAUACAAAUGAAUACGUACCAGGAAUUUCCACAGUGCCUUCACAACCUGGUAAUCAGUUUUCCCACCCCGACAAACUCAAAAGGAUGAGCAAGUCUGUUCCAGCGUUUCUCCAAGAUGAGAGUGAUGACAGAGAAACAGAUACAGCAUCAGAAAGCAGUUACCAGCUCAGCAGACACAAGAAGAGCCCAAGCUCUUUAACCAAUCUUAGCAGUUCCUCUGGCAUGACAUCCUUGUCUUCUGUGAGUGGCAGUAUGAUGAGUGUUUAUAGUGGAGACUUUGGCAAUCUGGAAGUUAAAGGGAAUAUUCAGUUUGCCAUCGACUAUGUGGACUCAUUGAAGGAGUUGCAUGUUUUUGUGGCCCAGUGUAAGGAUUUAGCAGCAGCGGAUGCGAGAAAACAGCGUUCAGAUCCAUAUGUAAAGACCUAUUUGUUACCAGACAAAGGCAAAAUGGGCAAGAAGAAAACAGUCGUAGUGAAGAAAACCUUGAAUCCUGUAUAUAAUGAGAUUCUGCGGUACAAAAUUGAAAAGCAAAUCUUAAAGACACAGAAACUGAACAUAUCUGUUUGGCAUCGGGAUACAUUUAAACGCAAUAGUUUCCUAGGGGAGGUGGAACUUGAUUUGGAAGCCUGGGACUGGGACAACAAACAGAAUAAACAGUUGAAGUGGUACCCUCUGAGACGGAAGACUGCUCCAGUUGCCGUUGAGGCAGAAAACAGAGGUGAAAUGAAGUUAGCCCUCCAGUAUGUUCCAGAACCAAGCCCUGGUAAAAAGCUUCCUACAACCGGAGAAGUACACAUCUGGGUGAAGGAAUGCUUUGAUCUACCACUGCUAAGGGGCAGCCAUCUAAAUUCUUUUGUUAAAUGUACCAUCCUUCCAGAUACGAGUAGGAAAAGUCGCCAGAAGACGAGAGCUGUAGGGAAAACCACCAAUCCUGUCUUCAACCACACCAUGGUGUAUGAUGGGUUCAGGCCUGAAGAUCUGACCGAAGCCUGUGUUGAGCUCACUGUCUGGGAUCAUUACAAAUUAACCAACCAGUUUUUGGGAGGUCUUCGGAUUGGCUUUGGAACAGGUAAAAGCUACGGUACUGAAGUAGACUGGAUGGACUCUACUUCAGAGGAAGUUGCUCUGUGGGAGAAGAUGGUAGAUUCCCCCAAUACUUGGGUUGAAGCAACACUGCCCCUCAGGAUGCUGCUGAUUGCCAAGAUUUCCAAAUGAGCCCAAAGUCCACUGGCUCCUCCACUGAAAACAUCUAGACAGGUGGAAACUGGUCUUAAAAAUCUAUGCAGAGAUACCCUCCACCUACUAAAGAAUAUUACAUAGCAUGUUAAAAUCAACCCGCAUGUGCUUUUUUGGUUACAAGGCCCAAGGAAUUUAAAUAAUGACAAAUUUAAAUGUAACGUAUUUAUAAUUCCAACAUUAAAGAUAUAUGAUCCAAUUAGGAAAAUCAGACUGUUCCUGCUGCCAGAAAUAUUGAAUGUGGGGUGUUGUUAACAAGCAAAAUUUUCUAAUUUGUCCCCAUGUGUUUCACACUACAACCUUGUGCACAGUGAGAAGGCCCCACCACUGGGUCACUGAAAACACUUGCAAGACUUGUAAAUAAGUAGGUUGUGGAAAAGAGUGACAGAAGAUAGUCUUAAGAAAAAAAAAAAAAAAAAGGCAGAACAUCACUGACGGUAAAGAGUUUGGCCUUAAGAAAACUAUUUACUCUGUAAUGUCUAUUAAGAUAUUAAAUUCUAUGUUAAGGCUAUGAGACUGAAUUUACUGCAUUUAUUUCUGCCUUGAAAAACUGCUUUCCCUAUUCCCAAGUGUUCCCAAGUCUCAGAUGUGCUUUGGUGCCACCUACUGGCCACAGAUGGAAUUCAGUUCUUGGCUUGUUUUGGCUUAAUUCUGCCCUAAAAUGGGUCUCAAGCCUGUAUUUUAUAAUAGAAUAUGUUUUUUAAAAAGUCAGAUAUGAUUGUUUUUCUUGUAACUUUAUGAAAGCAGCGUAAGAGUAGGCACCAGACAUGCUUUGCCACGAAGUUUUAAUUAGAAUGUAAAUCGCUAAAUUAUACUGUACUUAUGUAUGUAUAAUUUUCAUAAAGUAUUUUGUAAAAACCCUUAGAAUAAAUUAUUAUAUGA